AAUUUUGUUAAACACAAAUAAUAUUUAUUAAUUUUUGUAUUGCUUCAAAAGUGUAAUAAAAGAUAAUUUGAAAUCAAAGGAUAUCUUAAAACUUCCUUAGCAGCUAUUUUAGCAGAUAAUUAUAAAGGAUGGAGCAGGAUUUGAAGACGAAGAUCGAUCAGGCUUGCCGAACGGCUGAAGAAUUUACAAAACUUUAUUAUGAAAGUUUAGAUAAACGUCGAUAUCUUAUAUCAAGAUUAUAUCUGGAUACUGCAACUUUAAUAUGGAAUGGAAAUGGCAUGGAGGGUAAAGAUAAUAUACAGAAAUUUUGGACAGAUCUGCCACCUUCAGAUCAUUCUGUUUUUACUUUAGAUGCUCAACCGAUAACAGGUCCUGAAGUGGCAGAUCAAUUGACAUUUCUUGUAAAAGUUGGAGGACAAGUAAAGUAUGAUGAUAAGACAUCAAAACCAUUUAACCAAAGCUUCUUAAUUGCAGCAAUGGGAGAUAAAUGGAAAAUUGUAAGCGAUUGCUUCCGAGUACAAGAAGCAUUAGAAAAUAUAAAUUAG